AUGGACGCGGCGCUCCGUGACCCGGUGCUGGUCGGCCUUAUCGUUGUGUACCAGAAUGGCUGGUGGCGCGAUAGCUUUGUCUUCCGCGAUGACCCGCUGCUGUUUGCAUCGGGCGACUUGGAGCACCACGUCGCUGGCUUUGGCGAGCGCUUCGCGCCGUGGCUCGCACGGCGUGGCCUCGAUGGCGCCAUGCAUCUCAUGCACAUCUACCCACCGCUCGUUCCGUGCAUUGCACUACAUGCAGCGGCAACUGGCGACCACCCGCUGGGCGUUGCCGCCAUUGGCAGUAGCAACGACAUCUCGCGUUGGGCGACGUUCAUGAGCCAUGUCGCAACUCACUUUGGUCAUUGCGACCUCUUUGCGUCCAACGGCAUUCCAGUCUCGACAAAAGGAGCGCUCACAAGUGGCAACGUGGCGCUCGUGCGACAGCUCUACGAAGAGCGCGGGUCCGUCGACUUCAAUCGGUAUGUCGAGGAUGCGGUAUGUUCCGGGCACCUCGCCAUCCCCCUCGACGUGGUCACCAAGCUACACGAAGAGAAUCCCACCGUGAACCUCGAGUACAUGCUGGAAGAAGCCGCGUCGAAUGGCCAUUGCGACGUGAUCGAGUUCAUCUUGGCCACGGGGGCGAUGUGCACACCUGCCGCGCUGCAAGCGGCGGCGCGGCGAGGUCAUCUCGCGUGCUGUCAAGUGCUACUCACGCACGACUGCAAGAGCAAUCCUACGCGUAUGCUACCCGUCUCGGUCAUGGUCGCUGCCGUCGCGGGCGGGAACGAUGCAAUCAUCUCGCUGCUGCAUUCCAAUCAGAUUUGGUCGCACGAGUACAUGAACGCCUGUGCGAGCGUCGGCCGACUGGACCUCGUGAAAAUGCUCCACAAUGCCGGGCACUUUACUUGCUCGAAAGCUGCGAUGGACUGCGCGGCAGCCAACGGCCACGUUGCUGUCGUGGCUUUUCUGCACGAGCACCGGGACGAAGGCUGCUCGGUGAGCGCGGUCGACAAUGCUGCGGGCAACAAUCACUUGGACGUCGUUAUGUACCUGCAUGCGACGGUCGGCGCCAAAGCCUCUUGCUAUGCGAUCGCGUGGGCAGCCAUGGGCGGUCAUGAUCGCGUAGUGCGGUAUCUAUACGAAGCUAUGAAGGCACCCGUGCUCGACGAUGUACCCGAGCGUGCGGCCCGAGGCGGUCACUUGUCGGUCGUGCGCUACCUCCACGAGCAAGGUCUUGGCGAAUGGACGCCGCGCGUGAUGGAUCUGGCGGCCAAGUCAGGAAAUCGCGCGCUCGUCGCGUUUCUGCAUGCGCACCGGACCGAAGGCUGCACACGCACUGCCGUCGACGACGCAGUUGUCCGAGGGGAUGUGGCGAUGGUGCGGUUGUUGCUCGAGGUGGUCAAUGCGACACUGUGUUCGCCGGUGGCGAUGCGGCAAGGCAGCGCAGACGUGCUCGUCUACUUGGCCAGUCUCGGGGUCGAUGUGGUGCGUCCGCUACGUGCGAGCGGCUCUCGAUUUGUCGCGCUCGUCGAGUACUUGGAGCACAAGCAAGCGUGGCCACGACCGGCCAAGAAGCAGCGCACAAAAGAUCGAAUGCAUCAAGGAUUGAAAGAAACAUAGCAG